ACCCUUCCAGGGUUUUGCUUCAGAAUCUCAAAUUCAACGUGGAAUAGUGACGCUUCUACUCCUCUACUCCAAUGGCGCCGGCGUGAACUGUGCUAUCUUCUUCUUCUUUGCACUGGGGUUUUCAACUGAAUUUGAAAUUGAAUUCUGGAUCUUGAAGCUAUUGCUAAUUCAGGAUGGGUGAUAACUCAGAUGAGAGUUUGGACGAGUGUUCAGAUGAUAGUUCAUAUGAAAGUGACACUACUUCUGAAAUGGAUAUUGAAGUCCAACAGGUUAAUAGAACGCGAUAUCAUAUUGCAACGGUGGUGGCUGCUUUGAUGGUUACAAACCAUGUUUUGAAAUACAUUGUCAAAGAAAGGAAAACUACGUCAAUUCUCUCCGGUCAUAGAUGGUACACAGAAUUGAUAACAGGAAAUGAUAACAGGUUUUUUGAGCAACUUCGAAUGAGGAAACAAGUCUUUCGGCAUUUGGUAUAUGAGUUAACUAAUAAUUAUGGACUGACACCUGCUAAACACAUUGGAGUAGAGGAAAGUGUUGGGAUAUUCUUGUAUAUGAUAGGGCAACCUUCCUCAUAUAGAAAUGCCCAAGAGCGGUUUCAACAUUCUAGUGAAACCAUUCAUAAACAUUUCAACAAAGUUUUAGAAGCUGUAUGCAAGUUGGGGAAAAAAGUCAUUAAACCUGUUGAGCUUAUUGACUCUUCUCAAUAUAAUAGAGGUGAUGAUCGAUAUUGGCCUUACUUCAAAGACUGUAUUGGGGCAAUAGAUGGCACACACAUUAAAAUACGCGUCCCAAUAGAGAAACAAAAACCAUUUUUCAAUAGGAAAGGACAUACAAGUACUAAUGUGAUGGCCGUGUGUGACUUCAAUAUGUGCUUUACUUUUGCAUUGUGUGGAUGGGAAGGAUCUGUUCAUGAUGCAAAAAUUCUUAUGGAUACUCUUCGUAAACCUGAUUUGCGAUUUCCUUAUCCUCCAGAAGGCAAAUACUAUCUUGUAGAUUCAGGAUAUCCGUCACUUAAAGGCUUCUUAGCACCAUACAAGAAUGCAAGGUAUCAUCUAGCACAUUUUAGACUUGCUCCAGGAUUCAGAUCAAGAAAUGAAACUUUUAAUUAUUAUCAUUCUAGUUUGAGAAGUGUGAUUGAAAGAACUUUUGGUGUGGUAAAAGCAAGAUGGAAAGUAUUACAAGAAAUGCCUAAUUUCAAGCUUCAAACUCAAAUGGCUAUUAUUUGGGCGUGUUUUGCACUUCAUAACUUUUUAAGAAGAACAGACUCAAGUGACUUGGAUAUUCUUGAAAGUUUAGAGAACAUCAAUGGUUUACAAGAUAAUGAGCAAGAUUUCAAUGAAGGAGAUGCAAAUGGAAAUAGUGUACCUACUAAUGGUGAAUGGCAAGCUCCAACUCAAGCUGAUGUUAGAUAUAUUGAAGAAAUAAGAAACACCAUCAGAGAUCAACUACCAAGAAACAUGAGGCGACAACGACAAUAGUUUUAUUUUUAUGUUUGACAACUUUAAAAUAAAUUUAGAAUGAGACUUUAAAAAAAUAUGGUUUUAUUUUUAUGUUUGAUGAGUUUAAAAAAAUUAGAAUGAGACUUUUAG